UUUUCACCGUGCUCGCAUUAGUGCCCGUACAUUGUUCCUAUUGGAUGUGAGUUCAAUCACUUACACCUGGGGUUGGGCACGAUGUUGAGCGCCGCCGCCGCGGACAGGAACAAGGGGCACAUCCUGGCGGUGCUCCGAGAGAGCGUGAACACCGGGAAACCUCUGCAGGCUCUGGAGAUCGCCUCUGGUACCGGGCAGCAUGUUAUACACUUCGCUCAGGCCCUGCGGAAUAUAAUCUGGCAACCCUCCGAGUAUGACCGACAGACUCUUGCCAGUAUAGAAGCGUACAGAGCUGGCUACCCAAUGAACAAUGUGAAGCCUGCCAUCCACCUGGAUGUUUCUUUGCCCCAUCAGUACUGGGGAGGGAUCCAGCCAGAGAGCUUCGACCUGGUUGUCAACAUCAACAUGAUCCACAUCUCUCCAAUGGCUUGUACAGAGGGUUUAUUCAGAGGGGCGGGAGCAGUGUUGAAGCCGCGAGGUCUUCUAUUGACAUAUGGGCCCUAUGCAGUAAAUGGUCAGAUUACCCCCCAAAGCAAUGUUGACUUUAACUACAGCCUGCGACAGAGGAACCCAGAGUGGGGCCUACGGGAUAUCUCCCUCCUCAGCUCUUUAGCACAAAAGAAUGGCUUAUUCCUAGAGAAAAUAGUGGACAUGCCAGCAAACAACAAGUGUCUUCUGUUCAGGAAGGAGAGUGUGGUGUGAAGUUUGCUGCUGUUCCUUCUCUGCUUGCAGAGCAGGGUGGUCAAAGCGCCUUAACUUCAUCUGAAGCUCAGAUAUGUGCGUUGCCAAAUAUCCCAGAACUGGAAAUGAAUGAGUUUCUACAUGUUCAUGAAAUCAUUACAUGAAAUCGUUUGAGCCACAACUGUUAUACUCCAAUAUAUGAUACACAGUAUUCUUCAGUAUUGCACACUUAAAAUGAAUAAGGCUCACAGCUGUAUGUUGCCUGUAUAAUACAUAUACUUUAAAACAGCCGUAUACUCUUUUUUUUAAGUUAUUUAUUCAGAUUACAAACUGUUGGUAAAACUUAGCAGAAGUGCUUUGCUGAGAGAAUGUGCUGUACAUUACGUCUUGCAAGUAUACACAACAAAAGUGAUGCUAUAUAAAAUACCUGUGUAAAUGACUAAUAUAAAGAGCUCAAUACAAUAAUAAAUGUAAUGCAAUAAAAUAGAAA